AUGGCAUUGCGGCAACCAGUGCGCCACCUGCAGCGCAGCGCGCGAGCUAUACAUACAGCAGGAGCAGCGACAGUGACGCCGGCUCUCCGGCCAGCUCGCCGAAGCCUAGCGACGGCAGCACCAGCGCCGCCAGUAACACAAAAUGCGCACGGUUCCAAGGGUCCGACGGCGAUGGUCUUCCUCAACAUGGGCGGGCCAUCGACGGUCGGAGAAGUCGGCAACUUUCUCAGCCGGUUAUUUGCCGACGGCGAUCUGAUCCCGCUUGGCCGGCUGCAGCGCUACAUCGGGCCGCUGAUCUCGAGGCGGCGGACGCCCAAGAUCGAGAAGCAGUAUGCGGCCAUCGGCGGUGGCUCGCCGAUCCGCAAGUGGUCGGAGUACCAGAACGCGGAGAUGUGCAAGGUGCUGGACGUGAUCUCGCCCGAGACGGCACCGCACAAGCCGUACGUGGCGUUCCGCUACGCCGACCCGCUGACAGAGGACACGUACCAGCAGAUGCUGGCGGACGGCUUUGGCGGCGGACGCGGCGGGCGGGCGGUCGCCUUCACGCAGUACCCGCAGUACUCGUGCUCGACGACGGGCAGCAGCCUGAACGAGCUGUGGAAGUGGCGGCAGCGGAUCGAGGGCAAGAAGGGGCCCGCGGGCGAGAGCGUGGGCGAGGGCGCCGUGGCCGACGGGUCGAUCGCCUGGAGCGUCAUCGACCGGUGGCCGGUGCAUCCGGGUCUCGUCAACGCGUUUGCGGAGAACAUCGAGGCCAAGCUGGCCGAGUACCCGGCAGAGCGGCGCGACAAGGUGGUGCUGCUCUUCUCGGCGCACAGUCUGCCGAUGACGGUGGUGAACCGGGGUGACCCCUAUCCGGCCGAGGUGGCGGCGACGGUGUACGCGGUCAACCAGCGGCUCAAGUUUUCGAACCCGUACCGGCUGUGCUGGCAGUCGCAGGUCGGACCGCAGCCGUGGCUGGGCCCGCAGACGCAGUCGACGGUGAACGAGUAUAUCGCCCAGGGACAGACGGACCUGGUGCUGAUCCCGAUCGCCUUCACGUCGGACCACAUCGAGACGCUCUACGAGCUGGACGAGGAGGUGAUUGGCGAGUGCGGCCACGCUGACACGGUCAAGCGGGCGGAGAGCCUCAACGGCAGCCCGACGUUCAUCCGGGCGCUCGCCGACAUUGCCAAGGACCACCUGCAGAGCGGCAUCGGCUGCUCGUCGCAGAUGGGGCUGCGGUGUCCAGGCUGCAAGAGCGACCGCUGUCUGGAAUCGAAGCGGUUCUUUGCAGCCCAGGGGGGCAGGAUUUGA